UUGGCAGACAGGAUGGGGGCGGGGCCUGAGGUCGUUGCCGGCGCCGCGCGAGAAUAAGGUAAGGGACUAGAGGCGAAACCCGCGACCGAACGGCCUCGCGUCGACCCUGGCUUCUCUCUCCGCCCCGACGGGCCCCCACCUCCUUCAGGAUGACGCUGGACGUGGGGCCGGAAGAUGAGUUGCCUGACUGGGCCGCAGCCAAGGAGUUUUACCAGAAGUAUGACCCUAAGGACGUCAUUGGCAGAGGAGUGAGCUCUGUGGUCCGCCGUUGUGUUCAUCGAGCUACUGGCCAUGAGUUUGCAGUGAAGAUCAUGGAGGUGACAGCUGAGCGACUGAGUCCUGAGCAGCUGGAGGAGGUGCGAGAAGCCACGCGGCGAGAGACGCACAUCCUUCGUCAGGUCGCCGGCCACCCCCACAUCAUCACUCUCAUCGAUUCCUAUGAGUCUUCUAGCUUCAUGUUCCUGGUGUUUGACCUGAUGCGGAAGGGAGAGCUGUUUGACUAUCUCACAGAGAAGGUGGCCCUCUCAGAAAAGGAAACCAGGUCCAUCAUGAGGUCUCUGCUGGAAGCAGUGCGCUUUCUCCAUGCCAACAACAUUGUGCACCGAGACCUGAAGCCUGAGAAUAUUCUCCUAGAUGACAAUAUGCAGAUCCGACUUUCAGAUUUUGGGUUCUCCUGCCACUUGGAACCUGGCGAGAAGCUUCGAGAGUUGUGUGGGACCCCAGGGUAUCUAGCACCAGAGAUCCUUAAAUGCUCCAUGGAUGAAACUCACCCAGGCUACGGCAAGGAGGUCGACCUCUGGGCCUGUGGGGUGAUCUUGUUCACACUCCUGGCGGGCUCACCACCAUUCUGGCACCGACGCCAGAUCCUGAUGUUACGCAUGAUCAUGGAGGGCCAGUACCAGUUUAGUUCACCCGAGUGGGACGACCGUUCAGACACCGUCAAAGACCUGAUCUCGAGGCUGCUGCAGGUGGAUCCUGAGGAGCGUCUGACAGCUGAGCAAGCCCUCCAGCACCCCUUCUUUGAGCGUUGUGAAGGCAGCCAACCCUGGAACCUCACCCCCCGCCAGCGGUUCCGGGUGGCAGUGUGGACAGUGCUGGCUGCUGGACGAGUGGCCUUAAGCACCCAGCGUGUACGGCUGCUGACCAAAAGUGCACUGUUGAGGGACCCUUACGCACUGCGGCCAGUGCGGCGUCUCAUUGACAGCUGUGCCUUCCGGCUCUAUGGGCACUGGGUGAAGAAGGGUGAGCAGCAGAACCGAGCAGCCCUCUUCCAGCACCAGCCGCCUGGGUCUUUUCCCAUCAUGGGCCCUGAAGAGGAGGGGGACUCCGCUACUAUCACCGAGGAUGAGGCCACGCUCAUGCUGGGCUAGCAUCUCAGCCCUGGAGGAUCCCAGAAAGCAAGACUCUGCAGGAGCAGGAUUUUUAUCAUUCUAGUCUCUCUAGGCUCUGGCCUCAGGCCCCCCUCCCCAGCCAGGCCCAUCAUUGAUCAUACUACCAUAUGGACCAGUCCUGUACACCUCCCCCCGCUGGCCAGGGCUUUUCAGUCAGAGUUGAGGUGGAAAGGAGCCACUCAGAAUGCCACGCCUGGCCUUGUCAGGGCUGCCUGUGCUGUAUAUGCAAUAAAAUCUGCUACAUGCCAGGGAGAGCCAA